UAGAAAGAGAAGCGCAUCUUGUAAUGAUGUGUCUGUCGUCCUGACUCUGGAUAAGUUUGGAUGAACAAGUUGAAAAAAAUAAUAAUAAAAAUGUCUUAGAUCACCCGGAAUGUGUUCCGAAGAGAGAAUGAUAAGGGAGCGGUGAUAAAUUUUGUAAUAAGAAGUGUAAACUAAGAAUAGACUAUGAUUGGAUCUGCUGGAAGACAUGUGAGGAGGAGAUCAUCCUCUCCUAAUCCUCUGUCACCGAGCUUCCGGAGGGCAUCGACUGCAACUAUAACCAGUCAGUUAGAAACUGAAGAUGUUGUGUAUAAGGAUCCGAAUGAUCCUAAUCUACUCACAGUGCCUGACAUACCACCCGGUGUAAGGUUAAAACGUAGAAGUGCUGUGGGUCAAUCUGACCAUAAAAGUUGUGCCAUUUUGCAUAGCAAAUUAAAAGGAAUGAAAUUAGAAGACGUAGCGUUGUCGGCAGUCAGCUUAGAAAACAUUGGAACUGUUGAGAAGACGAAAGAAAGGACACCGAGCAUCAGUAAAUAUGGCCAUAUAAGUAACGGAAAACUGCCAACAACACCUUAUAUCGAAAUGGCUAAGAAGAAACAGAAAGGAGCUCAGGAUGACCCAGUGCCUAGUUCACUGUUCAUAUUUGGUAGUAAUAACAUUAUAAGAAGAUGCACCAGAUUCCUAAUAGAAUGGCCAUAUCCUUUCAUUAGUGUUUGUGUUUAUUUUGUGAGAGAAUUUAUUAUUUUUAUUUUUUUUUGGUGGAUAAUGUACUGGAAUAAUGUAAGUUUUUAUCGUAUUUUUUUUACUAUUUAGAUAACGUAAGUAAAAACGAUAUAUUUUUUUCUACUUUAUAUACCGAAUUUUCGUCAAAUUAAUAAAUGUUUUAUCGAAUAAAUCAUUACGGAAGUACGAGAUGCUCUGAACCAGGAAAUACUAUCGAUCUUAGAUCACGUGAGGUGACGUAACUUCACUAGCCGAUCGCUCUUCACUUCCGGUUGAAAGGGGAAAUUUCAUUAUCGACGAUUGGUUAAUUUAUAUAUAGUUUAUUUCUGAUUUCUUCGCUAUUUUGCAUGUCGAAUUUCUUUUAAAUUAGGUGAAUUAGAGAAUUGUU